GCCAUGAAGCCGCUGCCGCUCACGGCUUUGGUCGUCACUUUACUGGCGGCGGUGAGUGUAGCGGAAGAUGUGUCUUCAAUUGAUGUCAGCAAUAUGGUGAGCCUAACAACGGAGAAGCCCACAGGCCCGGAGAAAAUGCCUGGCGAGUGGGUGGAGCGCACUAUGUGGAAGAUGCGCUGGGUGCGCGAGUGGCGCCAGAAGAUGAUCUGGGUGCCAGUCUGGAAGAAGGUGUGGGGGCCGAUGCACAUCCGCGAGUGGGUGCCCAUGCCGCGCGCGCCGCCGCAGAUGGCCGUCUCCUGGAAGCAGCUGCACAACGUCAACGCCGAAGACGCCGAGGUCGGCGACAAUGCCGUCUACGACCAGCAGCCGCAGCAGCAGCAGCAGGUGCCGACCAAGAGGUCUCUACCCAGGCCCGUACUCGUCGCCAGGACCGGCAAGUGA